AACUUGGAGGUAUAUAGAAGGAGAAACAUGGGCCUACUAUAAUGGGCUUACAUCAUUUUCAAUAAAUAAUAUUUUAAUUUAGCCCACGCGUUUACUGAAAUAAAGUUCAAUUAAUGGGCCGUGUACGCACGUAAGCUAGCUAGUUGAGAAUUAUUUUGUUUUUCCAAAGUAAUUCAAAGUGCCGGUUCGGCCAGAUUUGUUUUUUUUUUUUGGGCCUGGUUUAUCUAUCCAACUCAAGUGCCGGUUCUGACUUCUGAGUACCGGGUCACGGUUUAAUUAAAAAAAAAAGACCGUAGUUGUCCCUUUAUUCCCCCAGAAACAGAGAAGCGACUUCAACUAUGUCUUCCAUGGUUUCUGUCUCUCCUUUGCUGUCGCCUCAGCUUUACCCCAUUCAAAGGAGCUUCGUGAAAACGUCUGCAGCUCUUAUUCAGAGCACUGGGGUAGCGAACGAUUCCAUGGCGAUAAAGCCUCCUUCUCAUCCUAAUUACGAUCUCAAGGGCGCUAUCAAAUUAGCUCUAGCUGAAGAUGCUGGCGAUAGAGGAGAUGUGACAUGUAUGGCGACGAUACCACCUGACACGGAAGUGGAAGCUUAUUUCUUGGCGAAGGAGGAUGGUAUUGUUGCUGGAAUUGCUCUUGCAGACAUGAUUUUCGAAGAGGUUGAUCCGUCAUUGAAGGUUGAGUGGACUCGAAAGGAUGGGGAUUAUGUUCAUAAAGGACUGCAGUUUGGGAAAGUUACUGGAAAUGCACAUAAGAUUGUUGUGGCUGAAAGGGUUGUGUUGAACUUUAUGCAAAGGAUGAGUGGAAUCGCCACCCUGACUAAGGCAAUGGCAGAUGCAGCAUACCCUGCACUUAUGCUGGAGACGAGAAAAACAGCUCCUGGUUUGCGUUUGGUGGACAAAUGGGCGGUGCUGAUUGGUGGAGGAAGGAAUCAUAGGAUGGGUUUAUUUGACAUGGUGAUGAUAAAGGAUAAUCAUAUAUCAGCUGCUGGAGGCAUAGUAAAUGCCAUUAGAUCAGUAGACGAGUAUUUACAGCAAAACAAUCUGCAAAUGGAUGUUGAGGUGGAGACACGGACACUUGAGGAAGUGAAGGAGGUAUUAGGGUAUGCAUCUCAUUCCAAUACAGGGUUGACCAGAAUCAUGCUGGACAAUAUGGUCAUACCAUUAGAGAAUGGAGACGUCGAUGUCUCAAUGCUUAAAGAAGCGGUUGAGUUGAUUAACGGCAGAUUUGAGACGGAGGCGUCGGGUAACGUUACUCUUGAAACAGUACACGAGAUUGGAGCGAGCGGAGUUACAUUCAUCAGCAGGUUUUGUCAAUCUGAAUAUUGGAGCUUUAACACACUCUGUUAAAGCGCUUGACAUAUCCCUCAAGAUCGACAGGGAAUUGGCCCUUCAAGUCGGUAAAAGGACCAAACGUGCCUAACCCACGCUUUGGUGUCAUUCCAUGAAGACUUGCGCUCUUAAAAAAACUGAAUAAUAUUUUCUGAACGUUGGAAGCUAAGAGAAACACCACCAUUCUCUACCCCUCCUUCUUUUGUUUGGCUUCAUGGGUGUAGGGAUAUGAAUCUAAAUAAAUAUGUUUCAACUCUAAA